AUAUAAAAUCGGGAGAUUCCAAAGCGAAACUACAGUUUUACUUAUACUUGAGUAAAAAAGUAUCAAUAAUCGCACGACAUUACUUCUGAAGAAUUCAAUUGACGCUAUUUAGCAAGCAGUAUCGGCAUAGAAAAGGAGUGUUGGCGAUGAUAAAAAAAUUUUAUGUGUCACUGCAGUGGAAAGAUCUACAUGAUGUUCCGAUUUUUACCAUCAAUUUUAUUGAUAGUUCAGAUUUCUCGAUCUGAAAAUUCUCCAUUAAAUGGUUGUUACAUCGGGGAACAUGUUACAUCAAUAACACUUAAGGAACAUCGAUAUUCCUGUGAUAUUGAUCCUAGAAAUAUGACUAUUGAACUGUGUAAAGUAACCUGUAAUAUAAUUGGUAAAUAUGCUUACGCCAUGUACUGCGAAGGAAUGCCUCGUAAAUGUUUCUGUGGAAAUAAUGCUACUUCCGACCCGAGUAACUUGACAGGGGCAAGUGGAUAUAUCACCAAUUGCUAUUGUUCGACAAACACAACAUCAUCAUGUAUCUGGGUAGCGGAUCUCUCUGUUUUUGAUCUUCUUCCUGGUAAUCAAGAUUCAGACGCUGCUGGAGGGCCACAACCGACUGAAAACUCAACAACGGUGAUAACGAGUUCCCCAAUUUCGGUUACUCAACAGUCAACAACAUAUUACAACAACCCUGGCAAACGGGUCGUCAUUGCUAAAACAGGCACAUGGGCAGUGGUACUUGGUACUAUCUGUGGUCUCCUGCUCAUCUAUGGGAUUGUAGUUUCGUCGUUGCUAUACUUAUCAAGACGUACGCUGCGAUCGUUGGAGAAUUCAAAAGAACAAGAUGGCCGCCAGAAACCUUAUUCCUGCCUAAACAGAGAGACUCGUGAUCAACGCUAUUCCUAUCAGGGCAUGUACCUUAGCCCCAAUCAACAGAAUUAUCCUAAUGGAAGGUCUUCAGUACUUGAGCAUUCCUAUCAAGGGGUUGGUCCUCCUCGAUCCAACCAAGGUGUGGUUCCACCUCCUCACCCAGAGCACCUUCAUGCUCGCUCAUACGCUGAAUUGGUCAAUCAAGUUCACAACCGACAGGCAAGGCAAGGGACAACGAUUACAGCCCAAGUGGAACCCGAUGAACACAAUUAUGUCAUACCCGAACUGUGAAAACAAAAUUUACAACGUCUUUGGUGAUCCGUCAAAGAUUUGGUUUGACAUAAUAUGACACUUGCGUACAGUCUUAAAAUGUUGGGCAACAUACUGUGCACACAAUUGGUUAAAAAAAUUAUCGAACUCUUGGUAGUUUCAUGAACCUAUUACAAUAGGUCCAUGGCAUAGGGGGGCCCGAGGGGGGCCCGAGGGGCCCGGCCCCCCCCCCAUUGGCGGAGC